UCGGAGUAAACUUAAACUUAAAGCAAAGUACUGCGGCUCAUUAAUUUGUCGUUCGUUUAAAAAGUUUUUCUUAUUCAAUUUCCAUUACAAUUUAAGUAAAUAACUGUAAUUAACUCUCGAGAGUGACUUUUACUUUUUUUUAAUACCGCGCGCAUCUCAGAUUUUUUUUUCGCAUUAUCCAGUCAGUCACUCCAGAGUCUAAACAUGCAAUUUUCAAGCUUUAGUAGUUUAGUGAUUUUUUUAUUGUUAGCCGUGGCGGAACAAUGUAACGCUGCUUCGAAAUUUGACGUGAAACCGGAAUUUAUCAAAACGUGCCGAUUUAGUGAUCCGGAGUUUAUCAAAUGUUCCACGACGGCAGUUCAGGGACUCUUUGAUGAGUUAGUGACAGGAAUUGAAGGUCUUGAUGAAAUUGGAACGAUAGAUCCACUGAAACUCGGGAAAAUUAGGAUUUUACAAGGAGAUGGACCUGUCAGUGUCAAUGCUUCAUUGUCAAAAGUUACCGUUACAGGAUUUGGCGCCGUUAAAAUCGUUGAGAAUAUAGUAAACAGCAAAGACUUCAGUUGGGACACAAGAAUCCUCCUGCCAAAGAUGAGACUCGAAGGAAAUUACCACAUGCAAGGCAGAAUCCUCGUAAUUCCCCUAAAUGGCCACGGAAAAUGCUGGUUUGAGCCUUCCAACAUGGACAUCCGAAUGCACACAAAAACCAAAUUAUAUCAGAGAGACAACCACAUUUUCUACAACGUAACGAGCGUCAAAGUGCAAUAUACCAUUUCAGGGUUAAGAUUACGCUUGGAUAACUUGUUUGAAGGUGUCAAGUUAUUGGAGGACAGCACAAAUCAAUAUUUGAAUGAAAAUUGGCGACCUGCAUCGGAAGCCUUGCGACCAAUUAUUUCAAAAACUAUCGAAGAUAUUUUGUUGUCCAUCAUGCAAAAAAUUUUCCACAAUUUGCCUGCGGAAUAUUUCGUCGCUGACUUGCCAUGGCCCAAUGGAAACCCAAAUACGACGAAUUAACGAGAAACGGACCAGAAAUAAAUUUAAAAAAAAAAUGUUUGAAUCAAUCAUCACGUUUUUCUUU